GACCAUAUAUAACUGUAUGUGUCAUAUAGAUGACACAUCUGCAGUUGAACUUGUGGUCUGGUGCAAAGAUCACACCAGGAUUGGAUGUCCUUGUCUCUCCCCAGUCAAUACUGUGUGACUGGUAUUUCAAUUAGCCCAGAAACCCCUGUCCUCCCUCCCUCCCAAGAGUGUACUCCUCAAGUUGGAAGAGGGUACCGUGAGGUGAUGAAGGUGACUGUAUAUCCUAAAAAGUUUGCCUUCUAUGCAGAAAGGUUAUUUGCUAUUUCUAGGAAAACUGUGUGGGGAGGGUGUCCUGAAGUUGGGAUUCUGCUCUGUCCUCCCUCCCCAACUCUUAAGAUCUUUUGCACUGUUCUUUGAUGUCCAGAAAAAAAAAAAUGCAGCCUGGCUUGCUUUGAACAGUCAGUGGCCCUGUUUGCUGGGCAGCAAGGGUGGAGGCUGGACCAGUUGGUACCAGGCCCAGUGUCUUGAACGCUGAUGCCACUUGACUCCCAGCAAUAGAGCUGGAGUGUGGAGCUUUGUCCAGUGUAUUAAAUGCCCCUGCUUGGGGGCAGGCGCUGGUGACAGAGCCAUCACGGGAUGGUCCUGAUCCCUGGCCAGAAGUUCCUGUUUAAUUCCUUUUUCUCCUACAUGGUCUGUUUCCUCCUCCAUGGGAGGAAGUCCACAGUUUUGCUACCAGCCCUGAACGACUUGUGGGUCUUCUUGCUUCUGAUGUUGGAGAUGGGCCUGCCUCGCUUAUUGGCCUUGAUUUCUUUGGAAUGGAGAUGAUAGCAUUCACCUUGCAAGGCUCUGGUGAGGAUUAAAUGUCAUAAGACCCUCUUUCUAAAGGGGUCCUACCCGUUUCCAGGAGGAAGAAAUACUACAACAGAGAAGCCAAGAAGAACCUGGACAGGCCCUGCUAGGUUUCCCCACUUCAUCUGUUACCAUUAGGUGACUGAUGACCCUUGGCACUCUGUUGGUAUUUGAGCAGUGCAGGCCAGUAAAGGAUGGGAUGAGGAAACCGAGGCAUGGGAGGCCAAGUGACACCACAGUUACAGAUCCGAGCAAUGAGAUGUGUCCCCACCGAGGUGCCCCCCGGCAACAGGUGUUUAGCGUGGGCUGAGAAGCUGGACCUGCCCCAGACGGCUGGCAGACAUGGGCUCCUGGCUGACUCCUAGGCCGUCGGUGGCAGUGAGGAGAGGUCUGGGCCCCUGGAGCAGAGCUGAGGCAGAGCAGUUCUGGAGUGCGUGAGCGGCCCGAGCCCGACCUGCCUGGCCCAUGAUGAUCCAGAGGCUGUGGGUGAGCCGCCUACUGCGGCAUCGGAAAGCCCAGCUCCUGCUGGUCAACCUGCUGGCCUUUGGCCUGGAGGUGUGCCUGGCUGCAGGUGUCACCUACGUGCCACCCCUGCUGCUAGAAGUCGGAGUAGAAGAGAAGUUCAUGACCAUGGUGCUGGGCAUCGGGCCAGUGCUGGGCCUAGUCUCCGUCCCACUCCUAGGCUCAGCGAGUGACCACUGGCGUGGGCGCUAUGGCCGCCGCAGGCCCUUCAUCUGGGCCCUGUCCCUGGGCAUCCUGCUGAGCCUCUUUCUCAUCCCGAGGGCCGGCUGGCUGGCAGGGCUGCUGUGCCCGGAUCCCAGGCCCCUGGAGCUGGUACUGCUGAUCCUGGGUGUGGGGCUGCUGGACUUCUGUGGCCAGGUGUGCUUCACUCCGCUGGAGGCCCUGCUCUCCGACCUCUUCCGGGACCCGGACCACUGUCGCCAAGCCUACUCCGUCUACGCCUUCAUGAUCAGCCUCGGAGGCUGCCUGGGGUACCUGCUGCCUGCCAUUGACUGGGACGCCAGUGCCCUGGCCCCCUACCUGGGCACCCAGGCGGAGUGCCUCUUUGGCCUGCUCACGCUCAUCUUCCUCACCUGUGUGGCAGCCACACUGUUAGUGACUGAGGAGGCAGCACUGGGCCCGGCCGAGCCGGCGGAAGGGCUGUCGGUCCCCUCUGUGCAGUCCCCCUGCUGCCCGUGCCGGGCCCGCCUGGCUCUCUGGAACCUGGGCGCCCUGCUUCCCCGGCUGCACCAGCUCUGCUGCCGCAUGCCUUGGACCCUCCGCCGGCUCUUUGUGGCCAAGCUGUGCAGCUGGAUGGCACUCAUGACCUUCACGCUGUUUUACACAGAUUUCGUGGGCGAGGGGCUGUACCGGGGCGUGCCCAGGGCUGAGCCAGGCACCGAGGCCCGGAGACACUAUGACGAAGGCAUCCGGAUGGGCAGCCUGGGGCUGUUCCUGCAGUGCACCAUCUCCCUGGUCUUCUCUCUGGUCAUGGACCGGCUGGUGCAGCGAUUCGGCACCCGGGCAGUCUUUCUGGCUAGUGUGGUGGCUUUCCCCGUGGCUGCCGGCGCCACAUGCCUGUCUCACAGUGUGGCCAUGGUGACAGCCUCCGCUGCCCUCACCGGGUUCACCCUCUCGGCCCUGCAGAUCCUGCCCUACACGCUGGCCGCCCUCUACCACCGGGAGAAGCAGGUGUUCCUGCCUAAAUACCGAGGGGACUCUGGAGGUGGUGGCAGUGAGGACAGCCUGACAACCAGCUUCCUGCCAGGCCCCCAGACUGGGGCUCCCUUCCCCAACGGACACGUGGGUGCUGGAGGCCCCGGGCUGCUCCCGGCUCCGCCCGCGCUCUGCGGGGCCUCCGCCUGCGACGUCUCCGUGCGUGUGGCGGUGGGUGAGCCGGCGGAGGCUCGGGUCCUCCCUGGCCGCGGCAUCUGCCUGGACCUCGCCAUCCUGGACAGUGCCUUCCUGCUGUCCCAGGUGGCCCCGUCCCUGCUGAUGGGCUCCAUCGUCCACCUCAGCCAAUCUGUCACUGCCUACAUGGUGUCUGCUGCAGGCCUGGGUCUGGUCGCCAUUUACUUUGCUACACAGGUGGUGUUUGACAAGAGCGACUUGGCCAAAUACUCGGUGUAGACACCUGGGGGGGGGGGGGCCUGCCUCCCUGGGUCCCGGCUCUCCGUCCAGUUGGCCCGUGGGGCGGCCGGGCGCCCUCCGGUGUCUGCCGCUGCCGAAGUGAGGUGGCUCUCUGCUGCCGCCCUGUGGCGGCGAGGUGCGUAGCUGCACAGCGGGGGCACUGGGGGUUCCCUCCAGCCGGUCUCUAGGGCCGGCGGACUGGCAGCUUUCCAAAUGGGUUUCAGUCUGGACCUCCGCAGGGAGGCCAGAAGGGCAGGGCAUUUGAUUAGCUCCGUGCACUGGAAUGUGGGAUUCUGCAAGUGGAUUACUUAGGUUCAGGGUCAACAGCUAGUGUCCAGGUUGAUACCAGGAUCUCGGUGGAGACAUAUCCAGAGAAGAAAUUUUGGGAGCUGAGUAAACUUCGCCACCUCCAAGCCCCCUUAUCUUGCAGGUUUCCCCAAUGUAGCUCUUGCAUGGGAGUUUCUAGUACGAAGCUCUCCUCCACGGGAUUUGAAAGUAUGAGAGUUAUCUGGGGGGAAAGAGUCCUGAGGGGCAAGGUAACUCAGGGACCAAGCCCCCUUAGUCCAUAGCACUGCCUAUCUGCUGAUUCCCCACCCCCACCUUUUAUCAGGACUUGGCUUGUUGGUCCCUGUGUUGCCAUCAUAGGGGCACAGGCAUUGAAAUGUUUAACUUAUUUAUUUAACAAAGCAGAAGGGAACCAUCGCUAGUUUUCUAUGUUGGUGUCUAGGAGUUGGGUAGGGUGGGAUCGCUAACAACCAGGUCUUCUGAGAUAGCUGGUCACUGGGCAGAGCAUUGCCAGAGUCCCCUUCUCCUGGGGUCUGGCCUCCAAAAUUGCCUAACCUAGGACCUUGGAAAUUCUACGCAUCCCACCUGAUAUGCCAAAUGCUGUUACCCAAGGUUAGGGGUGUUGAGGGAAGGUGGAGGGUGGGGCUUCAGGUCUCACCAGCUUCCCUAACCUCCUCCCACUCCUCACUCCCCCUGCUGCCUCUAGGGCUGGGCAGAUGGAGGCACUGCCCUUCGCCCGAGCCCCUGCCUUUCCCCACUGGCUCCACAACCCGCUGUUUGGGGCUAUUGCAGGACCAGAAGCACAAAGUGUGGUUCCUCAAGCCUUUGUCCAUCUCGGCCCCCGGGGAUAUCUGUGCUUGGGGAGUCUCACACGGAAACUCAGGAGCACCCCCUGCCUGAGCUAAGGAGGUCUUAUCUCUGGGGGGUUUAAGUGCCGUUUGCAAUACUGUCGUCUUAUUUAUUUAGCGGAGUAAAUAUUUUAUACUGUUUGUGAGCAAUCAGAGUAUAAUGUUUAUGGUGAUGAAAUUAAAGGCUUCUUAUAUGUUUAA